GAACACACACACACACACACACAAGCACACAUUCACACGCGCCGAAUGAAAACGAUUGCGCUGCUCUCGGGUGGGAAGGACAGCAUCCUCGCGGUGCUCAUGGCCUACCGCUACGGCCACGAGCCCGCCGUCAUCGUGAACAUCGCUCCAUCCCUCCCUGCAGACGCGACGACGGCCGAGGCGGAAGCGGAAGCGGCGCACGGCCACGACAUCGACUCCUACAUGUACCAGACCGUCGGCUUUGAGGUAAUGGAAGUCAUUGCGGCGUGCUUGAACGUGCCACUGCGCCGUGCCUGUGUGAAGCGGGGCCGCGCGAAGGAUCAGUCGCUGCUGUACGCAGAGCACCCGCCCGAGGACGAUGAGGUGGAGUCGCUCUAUCACCUAGUGAAGGAGGUAAAGGAGGAGUUCCCCGAGGUGCGCGGGUUAACCAGCGGCGCCAUCUUGUCCAACUACCAGCGGAAUCGAGUAGAGUUUAUCUGCGACCGCCUCGGCCUCGAGUCGCUCGCCUACCUCUGGAUGCGGCAGCCGGACGAAAUUCUCGACAUGGCGCACGCCUUGUCGGUGCGUGCCAUUUUGGUAAAGACGGCGUCGAUCGGUUUGCUGCCGCGCAAGUUGAUCGGCAAAACGCUGGAGGAGGCGCGGCCCACGUUGGAGAAGAUGACGGAGCUCUACCAGUCGCAUCUCGCCGGGGAGGGCGGGGAGUACGAGACGACGGUGCUCAACUGCCCGCUCUUCCUCCACGAGCAGCUCGCGGUGACCUCCGUGGCCGUCGUGAUGCAAGACGACAACGACAUCUCGCCCUCUGGGCAUGGCGUGCUGACGGUGCAGCGGGAGGUGAAGUCUGCGGCGCAACAAGCCGACGAGGUGCAGCUGCUACGUCGCCUGCGUGGUGGUCAGAUCCAUUUUCCAUCGGACGUCCUGCCCUUGCUGCAGACGCUUUCUACCUCUGCACGCGCGUUGAGUACGGCGCAGGAGGACGGCGAGCCAACCGCAUCGGCAGCGACGUCCCCCUCGGUGCGUUCCUUCUUCCUGACUGCCGGCGCCGCACGGCCAGGAGUCGAGAGCCAAACCUUUUAUGGCAACGUUGCGGACGCCUCAUCUUCCUCUGCAGGAAAUGAAGCGGCGAUCCAGAGUGCGGUCGAGGCGUGCUUCGAUGCGGCGCAGGCGUGGGCGACGCAACGGAGUCUUUCUCCAUUUUACUACCACGUCCGCCUUCCGUCUCCGUCGUGGGAAGCGGCGAGCCGUGCGGCGUACAGCGCCAAGGUGCCACACGUGUGUCCUCCCGGAAUGCUGGUGACGGUUCGUACCCACCGCGGCAGCGAGCAGGCGUCCGUCUACGCGUCCAACGAGAUGAUGGUGGAGGUGCUGGCGGCUCCAAGCGACACUAUCCAGAGGCGUGUGAUCCACGCGCAGAGCCGCAGCUGUUGGGCUGUGGGGGAACCCGGGCCCUACGCCCAAGGCCGCCGCGUCGGACUGCCCAGUGGGGAUGCGCUGGUGUUUGUCAGCGCUACGGCCGGCCGUGUGCCCGCGACGCGCGAGGUUGCGACGGCCCAUGACUUACCGGCGGGCUGUCGGCAGCGCCUCCUGGCAUUCCUGACGAAGACCGAGGAAGCAGGAGCAGCGGUUGCGGAUGUCGCGGCAGAGUUUCUUUUUGCGAUGGCGAACUGCCAAAGCUACCUCGCUCUCUACCAUCAUACCCUGCACGACAUCACACGCGCGACGGUGAUGGUAGCGGCAGAGGUGCCACAGCCGAUCUUGCCACCGCUCUGGCGUUGGUGUGCGGGGGACGCUGCGGCUCCUUUCGCGCAGGUGUGUACGGUGGCAAGCGUGGACGGAUUAUCUGCUGGGGAGAAGGUACGCAUCCUGCUAGAGUGCACGGAGUCUGUGGAGGAGGGACAUUGCAGCUGA